AUGGCCUCGUCGGCCGGCACGAAACGCAAGCACUCCGGAGAUGAGGCCGGUCUGGAGGCGACAGACCGCCGCACGUCGACCAGCGCACCGAAAACGGCUGCGGCGUCCGGUCAGGCAGGAAAACGGCGGCACUCGCGGGCACCGGACGAGCAGAUCGACGGAUGCGCUCGUGCCGGGGUGCAGGAUGAACAGCGAGCUUCGGACGACUAUUUCAGGAGGCUCUACACGACCGAGCUUGACUUCCGGGCAAUUGGGGCGGAAGACCAUGACUUCCGGGAUGUACUGGAAGGAGACUCGCAUCUCGACUUCUCGAAGCCGACGUCGGUCAUGCAGCUGACCAAAACUCUGCUCAGGCUGGACUUUGGACUACUGAUCGACCUGCCGAAUGACCGACUCUGCCCUCCUGUGCCGAACCGCCACAACUACGUACUGUGGAUGAAAGACCUGAUUAACAGCAGCUCCGCCUCAUCAGGUCUGGGCUGUGACCGGGACGAACACGAACACGAACACCGCGUGACCGGCCUAGACAUCGGCACGGGAGCCAGCGCCAUCUACCCGCUGCUGGGCUGCGCCCAGCGCCCCUCGUGGUCCUUCAUAGCGACCGACAUCGACGCGGAAUCGCUGGCGUACGCCCGCAAGAACGUGGCCUUUAACCACUACCAGUCGCGCAUCCGUGUCGUCGAUCGCGUCGUCACGGACCCGCUGGUACCACUGGAUGCACUGGGCAUAGAACGCAUCGACUUCGUCAUGACCAACCCGCCCUUCUACACGUCGGAUUCAGAACUCCAAGACCUGGCCAAGCAGAAGGCUCGCCCGCCGAACAGCGCAUGCAGCGGCGCGCCCGUCGAGAUGGUGUGUGAAGGAGGGGAGGUCGGUUUCGUGCAGAGGAUCAUGGACGAAUCUAUGGUGUUGGGAGAGAGGGUGCGGUGGUACACGUCGAUGCUGGGCAAGCGAUCCAGUCUCGAGACCCUCGUCGGCAUGCUGCACAAACGUGGCAUACUCAAUUACGCCGUCACGACCUUUGUCCAGGGGAACAAGACGCGGCGGUGGGCUCUGGGGUGGAGUUUUGGGAACAGGCGGCCUAGCCUGAUCGCGAGCCGAGGCUUCGAGCAGCCCGCGGCUGGGAAGAAGGUCUUGCCGUAUCCGACCGAGAUGGUCAUCGUCAAGGAACCCCUGCACAGCGUUGAUGUCAAGCAGCUGGAGAAAACGGUCUGCGGGGCUCUGAAGGCCUUGGAUUUGGUGGCCUGGAACUGGGACGAGCAGCGCUCGGAGGGUACCGGCUUCGCUGACGGCAAUGUCUGGAGCCGGGCGCACCGGCGGAAGAAGGCUCGGGAACAGACGCCCGUCGCAAGGGGAGGGACCGUCGUCUCAGCCGAGACACAGCAGCAGGAUGUGAGGAAGUGCGCCUUCGGCUUUGCCAUAUCGAUACGUACCGAGAAUGGCGCCGGCAACGAUGUGAGCGAAAGCGUCGUGGUCAUGCUUUGGUGGCUUCAGGGGAACGACGCCAAGCUGUUCGAGAGCUUUGCUGGCGUCGUGCGGAACUCGGUCCGCGUGUGCGCGCCCGAGGGAUCCUCCUGA